GGAAAAAUUCUAGACAGCUUGGUAAUGUCAUCUGGAAGUAAAUCUAACACUGGUAACAUGCAGAGAUUUGUCUCAGCAGCUGCUGGUUCAUCCUUCACCCCUGGGGAGAAGAACUGCUGGAGUGAGCCGUGCACAGCACCAGCUUGAGCCACACUUUAGCCCAAGGUUGUGUGAAGAGUCACAGCACAGGAAAAUCCCUCGUUGCAGAAAGGCAGCGGGCAAACUCUGCCUCUUCCCCUGUGCAUCUGUGGGCCAUGUGAGAACACGCUGGUAACCGCAAGCGGUUUGAGCCGGGAGCCCCGUUCCCGCGCCGUGGAGCAGGUCCAUCUGCGCUGCACCGAGGGCUCCCUGGAGUGGAUGUACCCGGCACGAGCCCUGCGAGUGGUCCUGGAGCCCAACCUGUCCAGUGCCCAGCACACCACCGUCUGCAUCAAGCCCGCCAGCGACUUCCAGGGUGCCAACAUCUACGUGGAGCGCGCCGGGCAGCUGCACCUGGUGCUGAGCGAGGCCGAAGGGGCUCGGCCCCACCACGUGUCCUGCUUCAGCGCCCACAGGCCGCAGCGAGUGGCCCUGUUCCUGCAGGCCAGCCCGCAGAGGGACAUCAGCCGCCGCACCGCCAGCUUCCAGUACGAGCUGCUGAGCAACCAGAGCACGGCCGGCCCCGACUUCAAAAAGAUGGCCCUGGUGGAAGCUAUGUGCCGUCCUUGUGACAACGUGGAACUUCUUAUGGCCAUUUGCAGCAGUGAUUUCGUGGUGAAGGGAUCCAUCCAAAAUGUCUCCCACGACUCGGAGAACCACAUGUCCCAGGUGGAUGUCAGCGUCCAGAGAGUCUACAGGCAGAAGAACAGGAUUUUCCAGCAGGAUGAAGGGAGUGGGGAGUGGAGGGGCCCGAUCCGAACCCUGCUGCAGUGCAAGGUGAAGAAGGGAGGUGGAGAUUUCCUCUUCACUGGGAAUGAACACUUUGGGGAAGCCUGGCUGGGCUGUGCCCCUCGCUUCAAGGAUUUCAUGUUUGUUUAUCGAGCUGCCAGAGAAAGAGGAGCCAAUCCCUGCGAGUUUGAGCUCAACUGACAGGAGAGACACUGAGAGUUGAACAAUUUCAGCCCAGUUUUCAGAUACUGAAUCUGGAGCAGAGUUAAAACCCAGGACUAAAGCUGACAAUUCCACCCAAACUGGGAGCUGGAGAAUUCCCUGAGGAUAAUGGCUCUGUGAGCCCUGUGAACUCUUUUAACCCACAUUAGUUUCUCCUUCUUCAAAUUGUCAUUGUGUCACAAAAUAACUCUGAAUUUUGCAAAGAUUGUCUUUUUGGGGGGUUAGAAAGCGCCUUGUGCCCAGGAUUACAAAAUUCUAACAUGUUUUGCUCUGCCUACAUGCUAUGUGCUUUUUCUCCAGAUAUUUUUCUCCUCCCCAGUAUCUACUUGAUUUCUUUUCCUCUACAGACGAAUGUGGAAACUCUCUCUAAGCUGGGGGGGGAAGGAAACUACCCUUGA